AAAGUUCCUUCCUUAUCACCAUAUAAAAGUAAAACAAAGGAGCCUGAGUGAGUGUCUCGCUCUCCUUUGUGCUCCCUCAUUCCAGAAGGUUCUGUCUUGCAGAACUUACCCCCGGGAAACUGCUGUGACACAGAUCAUCGGCUUGUCAACCAAGGGUUGAAGCCCCCUCUACUCAGCAUGGCCUUUGGGCUCAGCACUCUGGUCUGGUUCCUGCUCCUGGCAAUCUCCCAACCUGGGACAGUGCAGGGGAGAGUGGUUGCAGACUUCCGGGAAUGUAAUUCUUUCUUCAAGGACGGUAACCCACCGCAGGGAUUCGAAAACAUGGGCAACCUGGUCAGGAUCUGUCAGGUCUACAAAAACCAGUAUCGUUUCGCCACUUUGUACCGGACAGACUUGAGGAUCCCAGUCUACUCUGCCUACAAGUAUCAGGGGAACAGAAGGAUGGUGAAAGGUCAGAGAAUCUGUAACUGGUGUCAUGAGCCUCAGAUUGAUGAUCCGACCGCCAGUCCUGCAAUGAUUCACAGCAAGAAAAAGGCCAGUCAAAAACAAGCGAUGGUCGCAGAUUACAGAAAAUCAGGUUAUGAACAAGGACAUCUGUACCCGUUUGACUUCAAUGAAGGAGAUGAUCAGAGAGCCAGCUUCACCCUCACUAAUGCAAUCCCUAUGAGUGGUUCUGCUAAUAAGAAAUGGUAUCAUUAUGCGGAGAAAUUCAUUAAAAUAUUGGCGGAGAAAUGUCAGAACAAUGGCAGUCAGAUGUACGUGGUAACGGGCUCUGCUAAUUACACAGGGGGAAGUAUGAGCAAUAAGGUUGCGGUGCCUGAGCUGAUAUGGUCAGCUGCUUGCUGCACCUCAUCUGGGAGUCCGGUUGUGCAUAGUUCAACACUGAAUACCAAGCUGGACUUUUCCAUUGCAUACAUGAAAGAGUUGCUGACCAAUAAGAAUGCAACACGGAUAUCAGUACGGCAGCUGCAGAGAAAACUGAACGUGACGAUCUUUCAGCAGUGCAGGGGAACAAGUCAAAAUGACGAAGUGGAGAACAAUCGACUGGUGAACGCUUUGCUAAAUGAAAUACCAAGACCUAGGUUAAAAAGGAAGAGACAGAGUUCGUGUGUUGCUCAGUCGUAUAUUUUGCCCCGCCAGUCUAACAGCAAGUAAUAGUUGCUAGUCCCUUCUCCCGCUCUCCUUUUGCAUUCCCCUCGUACUCCUUCUCUUCACCUCCCUCAUGUGUCCCUUCUCCUUCCCUUUUUCCCCAUAAAGCACUCUCCUCUCCUAACAUAUUCCUUCUUCAGUCCUUGGAUUAGAAAUAGGCCAUUCAGCACAUUGAAUCUUUUCUGCUAUAUCCAUCAUAAGACAUAAGAAAUAGGAGCAGGAGUAGGCCAUCCGGCCUAUCGAGCUUGCCCCGCCAUUCAAUAAGAUCAUGGCUGAUCUGUCCGUAAACUCAGCUCCAUCUAGCUGUCUUUCCCCAUAACCCUUAAUUCCCUUACUAUGUAAAAAUCUAUCUAACUGUUUCUUAAAUAUAUUUAGUGAAGAAGCCUCAACUGCUUCCCUGGACAGAAAAUUCCACAGAUUCACCACUCUCUGGGAGAAACAGUUUCUCCUCAUCUUCGCCCUAAAUCUUCUCCCCUGAAUCUUGAGGCAAUGUCCCCCAGUUCUAGUCUUACCUACCAGUGGAAACAACUUAUCUGCUUCUAUCUUAUCUAUCCCUUUCAAAUUUUGCAUGUUUCCAUAAGCUCUCUUCUCGUUCAUCUGAAUUCCAGAGAGUAUAGUCCCAGGCGACAAAAUCUCUCCUCAUAGGUUAACCCCUUCAUCCCUGGAAUCAACCUGGUGACCUUCCUCUGCACUGCCUCCAAAGCCAGUAUAUCCUUCCUCAAAUAUGGAGACCAGAAUUGCACACAGUACUCCAGGUGCGGCCUCACCAGUACCCUGUAUAGUUGCAGCAUGACCUCCCUGCUCUUGAAUUCAAUCCCUCUAGCAAUAAAGGCCAUUUCAUUUGAUGCAUUAACCCUUCAACCCCAUUCCUUGCCUACCGACACAACCGAUCAACAGAUGACGCAAUAGCGACAGCUCUACACACUGUUCUUACAUAUCUGGAGAAAUAUAGGAAAAUAGAAAAACUAGAGCACAAUACAGGCCCUUCGGCUGACUAUGCUGAACAUGUACUUACUUAGAAAUUACCUAAGGAUGCUUAUAUGAGAGCACUGUUCAAUAUUCAACACCAUAAUUCCGUCCAGGCUUGACAAAAAGCUCAGAGACGUCGGCCUUCACCCUGCCUUGUGCAGCUAGAUCCUGGACUUCCUGUCAGAUCGCCAGCAGGUGGCAAGAGUGGUCUCCCUAACCUCUGCCCCUUUGAUCCUCAACAAAGGUGCCUCUCAGGGCGGUGUCCAAAGCCGCCUCCUUUACUAUCUGUUUAUGACUAUGUCGCCACCCACAGCUCUAACCUGCUAACUAAAUUUGCUGACGAUACUACAUUGAUUGGCCUAAUCUCAAAUAAUAACAAGGCAGCCUACAGAGAAGUCAUCACCCGGACACAGCGGUGUUAAGAAAACAACCUCUCCCUCAAUAUCACAAAAACAAAGGAGCUGGUUGUGGAUUACAGGAGGAAUGGAGAUAGGCUAACCCCUGUUGGCAUCAAUGGAUCUGGGGUUGAGAGGGUGAACAGCUUUCAAUUGCUUGGCAUCCACAUCACCGGCUGUGUGGUGGAAAAAGCACAAGAGUGUCUCUUUCACCUCAGAUGGUUGAAGAGUUUAGAAGCAAAUCCCUUCCCCUUUUUGCUUUAGGAAGGAAGAUGAAAAUGGCCACAUGAAUCAGGAACAGCAGCUUCUGUCUUGCAAUUAACAAAAAAUAACUUAUUAGUAAUUUUAAACUUUGUAAGUAUUGAUGCAAAUCUAUGCAUAAGGUCCAUUGGGAAGUGAAUUCCUCCUGUAGAUCUUAUGUUUUUUGCUUUAGGGAUUCGAUUUGUUGGUUUAUAUGCAAUCCACAUUACAUAAAUGGAUUUAAUCAUCGGAUACUUCUUGCACACAUUUUUAAUGUAGUUUGCAUGGGCUUUGAGUUACCCAGUUUGCAUAUAUUUACAGAUGAUAAUUUUGUCAAUCAAUUGCCAAUGAAUUUUAUUAAUUAAUGUCUGCCUCGUGAGGAAAUCAGCGAUAGCUGGACAUUCAAUGUAACACAACGAAAAGCGGAGAGUUCACAGAUCAUUAAUAGUGAAGUUUGUAAUCCAUUGUGUGAUUCUUCAUCAAAUAAAAAUC